AUGGCGAAACGAGUCGGAGAAACCUCCGACUCCUUGUCUCGGCGACGCCCAACUUUCGCGGCUCGAACUGCUGAAGAGGAUGUCUCACGACUCGAUCCUGGGGACUCGGCUCAUAUUGUCUCAGACGAACGUACUCGCCUGCUGCCAUGGCCAACGGCUCGAUCGGCUCGUCCGUAUGAGCCCGUGAAUUCGUCAGAACCAAUUGAUGACCAACACCAUUCCUCACCCAGACAUUACUUCCAAGGCUUUGCUCAGUGGUGGCACAAACGAGGAAACCAUGAGCAAGAACGGCAGACCUGCGGAGAUACCACUUUACAAAAUGUGUUCCUGUCCGCGGAUCCUUUCCGCGAUGCCCGCGCAGAUAAAAAGGACAAGAGUGGACAUCGAUCCCGAUCAGUGGAUGGUCCGAAGAAGCUUGGUACGUUCUCUGGUGUCUUUGUUCCAACGACAUUGAAUGUACUGAGCAUUCUCAUGUUUCUUCGGUUCGGAUUUAUCCUGGGACAAGCUGGUGUAUUGGGCAUUUUAGGACUUCUACUUGUAUCAUACACAAUUAACCUCGUGACAACGAUGUCUCUGUCCGCAAUUGCAACGAACGGGACGGUCCGAGGCGGUGGUGCAUACUACCUUAUUUCUAGAUCUUUAGGCCCUGAAUUUGGUGGCUCCAUCGGCAUUGUAUUCUAUCUUGGUUCUGUGUUCAACACUGGCAUGAAUGCUGUUGGUUUGGUGGAUUGUUUUACUCAGAACUUUGGGAUGUUGUCUGGGGACUGGGCCAAUUUCCUGGAAGAAGGCUUUUGGUGGCAGUACCUAUGGGGAACUAUUAUACUGGUAUUUUGCACAGGAAUUUGUUUGGCAGGAAGUUCCAUAUUUGCGAGGGCAAGUAAUGGGCUUUUGGUCAUUCUGCUUGUGGCAACAUUCAGCAUACCGCUCUCUGCAGUUUUUAUGAAGCCCUUCUCAAUCCCUCGCCAGGGGGUGCAGUUCACGGGACUUCGUUUGAAAACUUUGAUGGGGAACCUCAAACCUCAUCUAACAAAGGGAGCUGCAGGAAGCCAAAUAAAAGGGCGGGAAAACUUCCAAGACCUCUUCGGCAUUCUGUUUCCUGCCACAGGAGGUAUCUUUGCAGGUGCAAGCAUGUCCGGUGACUUGAAGAACCCAAGCAAGGCUAUUCCUAAGGGUACACUCUCUGGUUUGGCUUUGACCUUUGUCACCUAUGGGCUUGUCAUCCUUGCGAUGGCGGCCUCAGUGACCCGGGAGUCGUUUUACAACAACGUGAAUGUUAUACAAAUCGUCAAUGCCUCUGAUAGUGUGAUCCUUCUUGGAGAAUUCGCAACCAGCUUCUUUUCCGCACUGAUGGGUGUGAUUGGAUCUGCCAAACUUCUCCAAGCCAUUGCGCGAGAUAGCCUCUUGCCUGGCAUAGGAAUCUUUGCCCAAGGCACGCAGAAAACCGAUGAUCCUGUAUAUGCCAUCAUCAUAACCUUUGUGUUCGCCCAGGCCACUAUGCUCUUCGACAUCAAUCGCAUUGCAUCCUUUGUUACUAUGACUUACUUGAUGACUUUCCUUGUGACGAAUCUCGCGUGUUUCCUUUUGAAAAUUGGCUCUGCGCCCAAUUUUCGUCCGUCGUUUCGCUACUUCAACUGGCAGACUGCAGCGGCUGGAACUCUCGUCAGUGGUAUCAGCAUGUUCUUUGUGGACGGUGUUUAUGCUACGGGAUGUGUAGGCAUUCUUGUUGUUCUUUUCCUGCUCAUCCAUUAUACCUCGCCACCCAAGCCUUGGGGCGACGUCAGUCAAAGUUUGAUCUAUCAUCAAGUGCGAAAAUACUUGCUUCGACUGCGUCAGGAGCACGUCAAGUUCUGGCGUCCUCAAAUCCUUCUCUUUGUCAGCGAUCCCGACAAGCAAUACAAAAUGGUCUCCUUCUGCAAUUCGUUGAAGAAAGGAUCCCUAUUCGUACUAGCUCAUGUUCUUGUGACAGAUGACUUUUCAGCAGCUGUUCCCGAAGCACGUCGUCAGCAAACCGCAUGGACAAAAUUUGUCGAGUCUUCCAAGAUCAAAGCCUUCGUCAACAUUUCCGUUUCGCCCGCUGCGGAAUGGGGUAUGCGAAAUAUUGUGUUGAACUCCGGUCUGGGCGGCAUGAGGCCUAACAUCGUUGUGAUUGACCAAUUCCGAUUGGACCAGUCACUUGUUGAAACCCUAUCUUUGAACACCCGUCGUAGAGACUCGAGGACUGGACGCCACUCGGCCCACUUAAGCACGCGAACUGAGGCUUUCAGUGAGUCUGGGCCAGUAAACCCGCCUAUGAGCGGGCAGAGCUAUGUGACGAUUCUCGAAGAUCUCUUGUUCAAGCUUCGGAUCAAUGUUGCUGUAGCUAAGGGAUUUGAGGACCUGGAGCUACCAGACCCCCACGGUCGCCACACUAAGAAGUAUAUUGAUCUGUGGCCAAUCCAGAUGUCCGCCGAGCUUGGGGCUGACAGUGAAAGCAAGCAAAAUGUGCUGACCACUAAUUUCGACACAUACACUUUGAUCCUUCAAUUGGGUUGUAUUCUUAACACUGUUCCCUCGUGGAAGAAGACAUACAAAAUCCGGGUUGUGGUGUUUGUGGAGUACGAGACCGACGUAGAAGACGAAAGAGGGCGGGUUGAGGCUCUCCUUGACAAAUUACGGAUUGCGGCCGAAGUCUUAGUCUUCUGGCUUGCCUGUGGUGAUCUCCAGGCUUAUCAAACCAUCGUGAAUGAUGACGCUUCGGUCACAGCUGAUGCCCGAGAUAGGGUUAAUUCCGCUCUACAAGGGGAGGACUGGUGGCAAGGCGUCUUACGAGCUCGUGCCCUAGAUCAAGAACCGCGGAAUGGAAUCGGUGACAGUCUCCGUCUUGAUAAGUCAUAUACCUGGCAAGGACCAUCGAGCCAAGAUAGUGGAGCCAAACCGUUGUACCAUCGAGCGACUGGCUUGAGGAAACUGAUUCAGUCCACUCGACGCAGACGUUCUGUCUCAAGCUUCCGGGCUCUAGGAGGAGUGAAUCUCGGCAUGCAAACACAUCGCUUACUAGAUGCGUUCGUCGACUACGACAGCUCCGAUAGCCCGAGCGAGAGCGAAGACAGUGACCUGGAGGCGUAUGCUAGUGAUCUAGAACCCGAGGACGGCGGAGAGGACAUACUCAGCGCUCGAAAUGAGGCUGUACCCAUUUCUGGCACUUCAAGACUCCUUGGCCGGUCUAAGGCCGAUGAUUGUAGCCCUACCGCAGACUCCCCAAGCACACCAGUGCGGGCGAGCUCUCCAGUAGAGGAAACAUCAUCCCACCAGAUAAUCCCAUCCAUUAUUGAGACUUGGAACGAUACCUCCCCGAAAAGCAAACCUCUAGGUCUACGGCCCUCUAUAAGCCGUUCUGCUUCUAGCAAUCGGUUCAGCUCCUCGCCCAUCCCCGAAGCCAAAGUGGACACUGAAGCUGAGGAGGGCAAUGGACCGUCCAUCAUGUUUGCGGCGCAAAAUUCACCUCCACGAUUUGCAAACAAGCUAGAUUCCAUCUACGCUCGUCGCCCGUCUGCCGUGUCCCCCACCUCCCGCGGUGGCCACGGUAGUAUGCAUGCAACAGGAUACCCUAGUGGGGCAUCGGUUCCAUUGUCUUUCAAUGAUCUUCCAAGUCGAGCACAGCAUUUGAUUCUGAACGAGUUGAUGGUUCAGCAGAGUCAUGACACCGCCGUAAUCCUCACGACUCUACCGUCUCCCGUGGAGGGAACUUCGCUUAGCGCGGAGGAUAGUGCGUCUUAUUUGAGCGACCUGGACGUCCUAUGGAACGGCUUACCCCCGUGCCUGCUGGUGCACAGUAACAGUAUGACUGUGACAAUGAACUUGUGA